CUGUGAAUAAAACCAGUCCGGACAAGUCGGUGAACAUGCAGGUUAAGUGGCGUUCAAAGCUGGCCUCUACCGGAUAUAUACAUGUAUUGAUAUGUUCCACAGCUAUAUUCAAACAAACAGACCAUGCUAGAUACUGACAGCGUAAAGGUAUAUUGAUUUGGCUAUAUGCCUGCAUAAAUGAACGACAGUUAAGGUGAACGUGGGUACAUUUCGUCUUCACAGGUGCUCAGGGAUUAAAGAAGUUACGUUCCGCAAACACAGUAAGAUAAGACUGCGUUACCUCUUACUCCUUCGCGUUGUAUUUACACGUGUUCCUGACCAAGAGGUCACGGCACACUUUUUAGAAAAAGCAUCGACAAGGGACAAAAGAAAAGUAAACCUUUCUUCACAAUCAAUAGCGAACAACCUUUUGAAAUCGUGCAUAUAAACUAAUAUAAACACUGGGCUUGUAACCGCCAAAGCUGUUAGUCACACGUCACAGUCUAAUAAUAGACCAACGACAAAAGUUUCAUUUCAGAGUUUAGAUCUUUCAAAAUGCUUACUGAACGUUGGAGACGGUUCAAAGAGAAGAAGGCAAGAGACUGAAGAAAUGUAUGAGACUUGGCUGUGGUACUCUUAAUUGUACUAAUAUCAACACAUACAAGCAGCAACCCUGUGAUUUAAGAUAUACAACGUCGUUUUUAGUGCUUAUGUAGGACGCUUCCUCGGAUAUCACAAAUGUAUCGCAAUAAAAUUCCCGGGCAUAUAUACGUGUAUGUCCUAGCAGGACUCUGCGUUUUCUAUGGAACAGCUACAGCCGAACACGUCGUCCCUCCCUUAAUGGCGUUUGUCUGUGGUAUGGGCAACGUGACACUGUCUUGCGACCAGCCAAAGGACCAUGUAGUGUCUCUGGAGUCGGCAGGCUAUGGACAGGAUAAAUCUUAUCCUUGUGAAACAUGUAAUGGGCUGAAUACAUCAGCGCCCUCUGGCCCAUGUUCACAACACUGCAUGAACCACACGGACCUGACAGAGAGUGCGGUGUGGAUGACCUGUUUACAAAAACCGGUCUGUGUGCUCAGCUUCAAGGACAUAUUUUCUACCACCACCUUAAAUCCUUGUGGGUCUCUAGGGGGGCAGAAUUACCUGAAAGUGGUCUAUUCGUGCAUCAAACCUGAACCCCCAGCUGCCAUCGUCUCCAGUGCCGCCUUGGCUGUGACCAUCGGUCCCAUUGUGGCAAUUGCAGUUGCGGGUAUCGCUAUCGUCCUUGUUGCUUUUCUUUUCUACCACAAACGACGGAAGGCUGCAGGAAAACCUCGCCAGGAAAGAGGCCCAGCAGCAGUCGCUCUAAAUCCUUCCCCAACCGCUGAUGGGUCGCCAGAAAGAGUCACCUCACCUGAGGAGCCACUGAAGCCUUAUGACCCCGAAAACAUUCCGUACGUUGAUGACAGUGAUGGUCAAAUAGAUGCCUGACUUCCAUGGCCUGGGUAGUUGUAUUCUAUUGUGUGAGGGUUUGGUGAUGGUGGUCGCCUAAUGACGGGAGUUGGAACUGUUACCGGUCUUAAAUAGCGCUUGUCUGAAUGCAUCUUUUGAAAGGAUGCAUCACGAACGUAUGAUUUUGAAUGAAAAAAAAAAUGUUCAGAGGUUGACUGAUGAAUGGUAUACAAAGUGUCGACUUAGUGCAGCAUUACAGAAUCAAGAGAAUAGGUGUCAAGUGACAGGGCGCUAGAAGGGGCACGUACAAGAUGACAUAAAACACGUUUUUUUUAUUCCCAGAACAAAUGAUUUGGAUCUGUGUUACAGUAGCGUUCUAGCUAUACCCGUAUGCAAGUGACGUGCUGUCUUUAUGUUUGACAAUGCACUUCCAUUUUGUUGAUAACCGAUAAUAUAAGUUUUUUCCUUUUUUUCUAUUUUAUUAAAUAACAUAUUUACCCUCUUAUGGAUAUAAAUCACUAUGUAGGAUCAUAUCUUAGAGAGCCUCUUUUAUUGUUUUAAUUAGAUUUGUAUUUGGGAUACAGUAUAAGCCGUCUUUUACAGGAUAUUUUCAUGGUGAUAAUUUAAAACGCACUUAAAAUUUGAGAAAAUGAAAAGGAGAAAAAGGAACGUUGAAAGGAAUACACCUGUAAUAAAAACACGGUUACAUGUAUAACAAAUACUUGUCGAUUUAUUGCAUUCUGUUUUUAAGAGAGGAAUCUUAAAAAAUAUUUUUCAAUGUAUACAUUGUGACAGAACGGAUAGGAAUGAAUUGUUAUCAACUCCUGUUUUUUUUCUUUUGAUGGCAAGAUUGGACCAUUUACAACGACUUGGGAAAUCAGUAUUUACAAUUUUUUCUCACAGUAAAAAUAUUCAGACGGUUUGUAUAAAGUUAAUACCAGUGAGCACAUUUUAAGUGUAUACCCCUUUUCUAUAAUAAAUUUGUAAAGUAUUUUUAAGAAGAAAAACAUAUUUUAAAAACAUUUAAUUGAAGUUUAGGACAGAAGUGACCUGUAUAUUUUGAAGCAACUUUUUUAUUGUCAAUAAAGAUCGUACGACAAUCA